AUGCCGGUUCCGGUGAACACUGGCAUGUCGGGCCCGUCGAACUUCGACAAGUUCAAGAUGGGUGCCAUGAUGGGCGGCACUGUUGGCUGUAUCAUUGGCUUCAUCUACGGCACGGUCAACAUCUUCCGGUACGGCGCCGGCACGACGGGUAUUAUGCGCACACUGGGCCAGUACAUGGCAGCAUCAGGAGCGACAUUUGGCUUCUUCAUGUCCAUCGGCAGCGUCAUCCGCAGCGACGCGUCGCCGGUGAUGCAGCAGGCAUACAUGCACGCACGACAAAAACCGUGGAUCAUGGCGGCCGACGCCGCCUACCGGCCACGGCCAACACGCAGCGACUAA